AGGCUGCGCGGAGCAGAGCUGGCUGGAGGCGAGAGGAGGGCAGCAUGGAAGCCCACGCUUGGUAUCGAUACGAUAUUCCAGAAAUGCUGAACGAACUAUGCUUAGGCUGUGGACAUUAGCGUUCAUGCCAACUUGUAAUUCUUGGGUUUGCUGGGCGCAGUACAACCCCAACACGCAGGCUGGGCGGACAUCUAUUGUACAUCUCUUUGAAUGGCGCUGGGCCGAUAUUGCUCUUGAGUGUGAACGCUACUUAGCUCCUAAUGGAUUUGGAGGGGUUCAGAUCUCACCUCCAAAUGAAAAUGUUAUCGUUGCUGACCCCUGGCAGCCGUGGUGGGAAAGAUACCAGCCAGUCAGCUACAAGCUCUGCACACGAUCUGGAAAUGAAACUGAAUUUAGAGACAUGGUGACCAGAUGCAACAGUGUUGGAGUACAUAUUUAUGUGGAUGCAGUAAUCAACCAUAUGUGCGGAGGUAGUGCGGGUGCUGGCAACCAUUCUACUUGUGGAAGCUAUUUCAAUGCAAAGACUGAAGACUUUCCAGCUGUGCCAUAUUCUGCCUGGGACUUUAAUGAUGGUAAAUGUAAAUCUGAAAGUGGAGACAUUGAGAAUUACCAUGAUGCAUCUCAGGUCCGAAACUGCCGCUUGGUUAGUCUUCUUGAUCUGGCCCUGGAGAAGGACUAUGUGCGCAACAAAAUUGCGGAGUACCUGAACUACCUCAUUGAUAUUGGUGUAGCAGGGUUCCGGAUUGAUGCUGCCAAGCAUAUGUGGCCAGAGGAUGUGAAGGCAAUUUUAGACAAGCUGAAAGAUCUGAAUACUAAGUGGUUUUCUGCAGGAGCUAAACCUUUCAUUUAUCAGGAGGUAAUUGACUUGGGCGGCGAGCCGAUCACAGUUCCUUUUAGUUCCUUCACUGCAGAAAAACACUUACACGACCAAGGAACCGCUCAGUCGAAUCUCCACAUAUUAGAAAUUGGAUAA